AUGGCAGCGAAUGAUUCAAGGACUCGCCGGACUAGAGUGGCGCCCAACCACCGGCCGUCAAGUUCUAUGGCGGGUACGAGACCAUCGCAUUUCUUCAAGAUCAUACUCCCCUCUACCAUUCACGACAUUAAACUGAGGAUCCCUGUAAAGUUUGUAAUGGAAUUUGGGGAUGAACUUUCUAAUGUUGCUACACUCACUGUUCCUAAUGGCCAUUUUUGGCAAGUGGGAUUGGAGAAAGACAACAAGGAGAUUUGGUUUGAUGAUGGUUGGCAGGAUUUUAUGGAACACCAUUCUAUUCAUUAUGGCUACUUUUUAGUCUUUAGAUAUGAAGGAAAUUCAAUAUUCCAUGUUCUUGUGUUUGAUAAUACUGCAACUGAGAUUCAGUAUCCAUGGAGCAAAGAUUGUGAAUUGGAAGAUGCAGUGGACAUAAUAGACUUAGAUGAUGCAACAAAAUCAAGCCACGACAAGUUGAACGAAAAUGAAAUGUCUCACUCGGAUGAGUUGUCCGCAAAACAUGAAGAAAAUAGAGAAAUGUUGGUUGGAAAAAGAUUUUUUGAUGAGUCGUCUGCAGAAGGAAGGGAGAGAGCAAUCGAAGCAGCCAAAAUGUUGAAGCCUACAAGUCCUUCGUUCAUGAGCUUCGUGCGCCCAUAUCAUAUACGUGGACGAACACGACAUCCUUUGUAUGUGCCUUCUGGAUUUGCUAAAAAGUAUCUUAUUGGGCAUGCGUCUGUCAAGCUUCAGACUUGUGAUGGAAAACAAUGGCAUGCCCCGUGCUCUCACAAUAAUCUUUCACGUACGCGUUCAUCAAGGAGUAUAGGGAGAUGGGCAGGGUUUUGCAGGGACAAUCAUUUAGAAGUAGGAGAUGUUUGUGUCUUUGAGCUCAUCAAGAUGAAUCCUGUUUUGCUUAAUGUCUCAAUAUUUCACGUGGCUGACUACAUUUUGACUAAGCAGUGA